UGUGUACCAACGAGCAUGAAGCAAUCGUCGAGUCCGGGGGUCUUCGAUGUUGCUAUGGCACUGUUCGGUAUGGUUUGGCUAUUGCGCGUUAGGUCUGAGAUGCGUCGAUGCUCAAAGUGCAAACGCGAUGAAAUGGUUACGACACAACAGCAUCCACAUCAUGGUCAUCAGCAUCGAGGCCAUCAGCACAAUCGUCCAACUUCAAGUCUUCUCCACACACCGGAGGAUGGACUCACUGUGUCUUCGGCUAAUACACUUUUUACACUUGAUACACCUGGUGGUGCUGGACCUGCUGGCAGUUACUGCGAAGUACAUGGUUACGUUGCACCUAAAGAAGAUAUCCAAGAAUUCUACGAGCUGACACUGCUGGACGAAUCAAAAUCGGUUCAGCAGAAGACAGCCGAGACAAUUCGCAUUGCUGACAAAUGGGAAGCAAGUGAUGGACCAAUAACUCCAACUUUCGCUCAAAACGAUGGCGGUCCAGCGUCGGCAUUCCCACUGACCCAGACACUGUUGAACAUUUAUGGCCGCAGGUCGGCCAGUCCUGAUGUCCCAGUUGACCACAACCAGAAAAUAUAUUAUCCGAGAGAUGCUACUAGAGGGGUAGAUGAUCAUCUGCCUCCGCCUCCAUCGCCACCACUUCUCAAAGAAACUGUCCAGCUUGAUGGAGUUUCCAGACCCAAUUCCGUGGAGAGAGUUCUUCACUCUGAUGGUAGCCAACAUGUUCAGGAGAAACACGAUAUGGUCAACAAGAGCCAUGACAGCUGGCAGGGACACGACGGCGAUCAGGCACAUACACCGCUACUCGCAGCAGAUCCUCGACAUGCGAAUGGGGACGAUGACUUCGAGUACGAGGAAAUUGUUUUGGAACGCGGUGGUGCAGGUCUUGGCUUCAGUAUCGCUGGUGGAACUGACAAUCCCCACAUUGGCAAUGACACAGCAAUUUAUAUUACAAAACUCAUACCGGGUGGUGCUGCCUCUGCGGAUGGACGUUUGCGCGUCAAUGACACGAUACUGCAGGUGAAUGACGUUACGGUCGUCGACGUACCCCACGCGACGGCCGUCGACGCACUCAAGAAAGCUGGCAAUACCGUUAAAUUGUACGUUCGAAGACGGAGAAAUACUGCCUCUCACCUAGUCGAGAUAGAAUUGAUCAAGGGUAACAAGGGCCUUGGAUUCAGUAUCGCUGGUGGAAUUGGCAAUCAGCACAUACCCGGUGAUAAUGGGAUAUACGUCACGAAGAUCAUGGAGGGUGGAGCUGCUCAGGUUGACGGACGUCUCGUUGUUGGCGACAAAUUGGUGGCCGUCAAGAACACACUGGGUGAGAAAAACCUGGAGAACGUGACGCACGAGGAGGCAGUGGCCACUCUGAAGGCGACCCAGGACCGAGUAGUACUUCUUGUUGCCAAACCGGAAGGGAUUCUGCCACCACCACCUCCAGCCUCGGACCAUUCUCUGUCACCGCAACCGCGCAAACAGAAUGGCUCAGUAUCAGCUCUGGAGAACUCGCUGGCAUAUUCUCAGGAGUCUCGACAUGCCUCAUCCUUGGCACUUCAUGGCAGCCAAACACCCCGGGCUGUAUCGCAGGAGGACAUCUCCCGAGAAGUGCGUACGGUAUUAUUGAAUAAGGGAACAUCGGGUCUUGGAUUUAAUAUAGUUGGGGGUGAGGAUGGCGAGGGUAUUUUUAUCUCGUUCAUCCUAGCCGGUGGACCAGCUGAUCUCAGUGGUGAACUGAGAAGGGGCGAUCAGAUACUCAGCGUCAAUGGAAUUAAUCUCAGGACUGCGACCCAUGAGGAGGCUGCGGCCGCACUCAAGGGAACCGGACAAACGGUCACAAUAGUUGUUCAAUACAAACCGGAGGACUACAACAGAUUCGAAGCAAAGAUCCAUGAUCUCAAACAACAAAUAUCCCAGCAGAAUAUGACAACAGGCACCCUCAUGAGGACCUCACAAAAAAAAUCUCUUUACGUUAGGGCUCUAUUUGAUUACGAUCCGAACAAGGACGACGGUCUGCCAAGUCGUGGACUAGCUUUUCGUUAUGGUGAAAUUCUCCAUGUGACGAAUGCCAGUGAUGACGAGUGGUGGCAGGCAAGAAGAGUCACCCCACAGGGGGAUGAAGAGGGAUUGGGGAUCAUCCCCUCCCGCAGGAGAUGGGAGAGAAAGCAAAGGGCUAGGGAUCGCUCUGUCAAGUUUCAGGGACACAUGCCAGUUAUAUUGGAUAAGCAAUCAACACUCGACAGGAAGAAGAAGAAUUUCUCGUUCAGCAGAAAAUUCCCAUUCAUGAAAAGCAAAGACGACAAAUCUGAGGAUGGCUCUGACCAAGAACGGUCGCCCACCACACCCGAGAAUGAAAACGAUCCUACUCCAUUCAUGCUGUGCUACACCCAGGACGACACAAACACUGAAGGAAGUAAAGAAAUUUUAUAUCGCGUUGAACUGCCCUAUAUGGAAGAACUGACGUUAGUUUAUCUGGAAAAGGAGGGCGAUGAGAAUGUUGAAGAGCUUAGCAGUGAGGAGAAUGUCCUGUCUUAUGAGCCUGUCCAGCAGUUGACUAUCCAGUACACGCGUCCAGUUAUUAUUCUGGGUCCAUUGAAAGAUCGUAUCAAUGACGAUUUGAUCUCGGAAUUUCCCGACAAAUUUGGCAGCUGUGUACCACAUACAACGAGAAGUAAAAGAGAAUACGAAGUCGAUGGUCGUGAUUACCACUUCGUAGCAUCGAGAGAACAAAUGGAACGAGACAUUCAGAAUCACUUGUUCAUUGAGGCUGGACAAUACAAUGACAAUCUGUACGGUACAUCCGUUGCUUCAGUGCGAGAAGUUUCUGAAAAGGGUAAACACUGUAUCCUGGAUGUGAGUGGCAAUGCAAUAAAAAGGUUACAAGUUGCCCAGUUGUAUCCAGUCGCAAUUUUCAUAAAACCGAAGUCUGUGGAAUCCGUGAUGGAGAUGAAUAAGAGGAUGACUGAGGAGCAGGCCAAGAAGACGUACGAACGUGCCCUGAAAAUGGAACAGGAGUUUGGAGAAUAUUUCACCGCUGUCGUUCAAGGCGAUACCCCAGAGGAUAUCUACCUAAAAGUUAAGGAUGUCAUCAACGAGCAGUCUGGACCCACCAUCUGGGUACCAUCUCGUGAUCAGCAACUGUGACGUCCUGCCCCCCAUGGCCAGCCCUGUCCGAAUCCCUGGACACUACCCCCACGGCGUAACGAGUAAAUUCCCAGCAGGAUUUCCCAACUGAAUGGGAAAAUGAAAAUAUUCAAGAAAUACUUCGAACUUUUGAACUUCUGCGCCAUCCUCAAACGCCCCUACCCUUUCCCUAUGGUAAUUACUACCUAAAUUAGCACAAUUUUUGAUAGAGGCUCGUCUGUGCGAUAUUUCUUGUUGCCUCAAGGAAAUUGAUGAAUAGAAAAUCUCAACAGAAUUUUAAAUAAUGACAAAUGACACGUUACGGUAAUUUUACCCUCGAUAUUGUCGUGUUUAUUUGAGAAGAUUAUAUUGGAUAAUUGGAUUAUAAUGAGAAGAUAUACGUGAGAUAUUUUAAGAUGAUUUUUUAUCAUUUGUUUUAAUGAUUUGAGAGACGGAGGGAGAUAUGAGAGAGUCUGAAGUUCUACCGGAUUCUUUUGAGGAUAAAACAGGAGAGAAGUAGUCGGUUUAUGAAAAAAUAUUAUGGAACUUUAUUGUAGGGAAUUUCGAAACCUUCAAAAAAUGUUUAGGGACAUUUUUUCGUAGGACCAGCGGAUUUUGAGAUAUCCUUAAUAAUCCGAGUGAAAUUUCAAUUUUUUUCCUCUUCACUCUCUCAUCGAAAAUUCUAUUCAAGAAUUUUUUAAACAAUUUGAAUUAUUGGACAGCAACAGAAAAAUGUAUUUUUUAAUGUACUUAAACGAUUGAGUUAACUUAUCCUUGUUAGUGAUCGAAUUGUCCUUAAUUACAUUAUUAAAUGAAUGAUUAAGUAAUUGAAUGAAAUAAUUUUUAUUUCAAUCGAGAAAAAAAAAGAGAAUGAACUAAUGAAUGAAUAAACGUGAAUAUAUAAAAUUCGAGAAGUGACAUUAAUUGUUGAUUACAUACCUAAUGAGUUAAUUGAUGACGAGAGAAUGAUAGGUGAAAAUAUUGAUGAUUGAGGGUGUUCAAUUACAUGACGUAAUCUUAAAAGAAAAUGAUUUUGGAUUUUUUUUGCAAAGGAAAAAAUGUCAAAUACGCAAUUACCUAAUCCGGUAAUUAAUUAAUUAGUUACGUUAUUGACCGACAUAAUUACACGUUAAUUGAAUUAAUAAUCAUCUAGUUAUUGAAUAUUUUAUAUGACACGAGUUCCAAGAAUUGAGAUUAUACCAAACGCCUGGAAAAUUGAAUAAACAAUCAACUAAUUACUUAAUUACCCGACCAAUCCAAUUAGUCCUUAAUUAAGCAAAUCGCGAAUUAAUUUGCAUAAUUCAUCGAUCUUUGGUUGAUUAAAUUAACGAGCCAUAAAUCCAUCAGUUUUUAAAAUUAUGAAACAAAAAAAUUUCGAAAGCAAUUUCAUUGUGAGCACUUGCACAAUUACUCAGGCAAUGAACGAAUUAUGGAUUCGAUUAGUUGAUUAAUUGAUAUGAUCAACUAAUUGAAUUAAUUGAUGCGUAAUUUUUUAUGGAAUAAAUCCAAAAUGUUGAAUUUUUGAAGGGAAUUUCAUUCUGAGCACUUGGACAUCCUCAACGCAAUGUGAAAAUUCUCGUAAAUCGCGCAACCUCACGAUCCUAUCUGACCUCACAGGACAAAUCGUUAGUUAUUUAGGAUAGCGAAGUAUAUAAUGUUUUGUACAGAUAGAUGACUAAGCCAGUAACUGGGUUAUGUGCAACAUUAUAUUGAGGAGAGAUGAUUGGUGAGACUCCCCUGGAGAUACUAUUGUAAUUUAAAUACCACGAAUAAUUUAUUAUUAAUUAGUAGGUAUGUAUUAUUGUAAAUACCUAUGCCUGUAACGGAGUGAAAACAGAUAUCGGAGAAGAGUAUUGUUUGGAUUGAAUGAGGCAGUAUUUCCAUUAUUAAAAUAUGUGGCAAAAGGUGGAGGAGAUGAACAAUUGGUUUAAUUUUUUUUUUAUUUUUGGGGGAGAGGAAGGAUGUCAAGAGAGUUUUUUUGGAUGUUAAUUACCAUUUCGGGGUGAUUAAACAAAAGAGAAAAAAUUUCUCGUUAUAAACAAUUCCAAAAAUAUUAUUAUUCGAUAUUCCAAAUUUUCCAAUUGAAUCUAGAUAAUUAUUUAAGGAAAAGCUAUGAAUAUCUCCAAAAUUUUCGCUUUUAUAAAAUUCACGAUUUAAAGAAUGUCACAAGAGAGUUGAAGUCAGAUAAAAGCAUCUCUCCACCUACCGUUCACCCCCAAAAAUCAAAAUGAACCCCUGAGGGUAUGAAAGUCCCAAAAUGACGUUUUUUGGGCCCUGGAGACUCCUCCCUUUGCCUCCACUAGAAGAGACCGAUGAUCCCAAAAUGAUAAAAGGAAUCAUCCCAAGCAAAACCGAGAAAUCGUUCUACAAGAUUUCACCCUCGACCAGUACUUACACCCCCAGAGACCCCAGACCUCCAGGAGUCCAACAGCUGAGGUGACGACAACUAUUCAAACAAGAUAAAGCAUAACAAAAAAAAAGAAUGAUAUUAUGACGAUUGUUUAUCGAUUUAAUUGUAAUAUACACCAGAAUGGCGAAUAAUUAAUUAGAAACAUUUAGUUGGAUUUCCUUGAUUUCUCUUAUGAUCCAUUGACCAUUUCACCAUUUUGACCAUUUUCCAUUAAUCAAAGACCGAGAAUUUAUUUACCCGGAAAAUUUUUAUGAAUGAAUAAAAAGAGAAAUAGUUCGUAAGAAAGUGAAAAUUCAGUGGUGGAGUGAGAAAAGAUGAAUUAAAUGUGGAAUAUCCUUUCACUGCUGAAUCAAGAGAAAUUGUAAUAUUUUUGUUCUCGUAUAAAUUAAGUUCAAACGAGUCCACUGCACUCUUGAUUCACCGAUCGAUCGUAAAAAAGUGAAUAUGAGGCAGAACCACGAGUUAUUCCCCGAAUAAUCGAUAAGACAGAUAAAAAAAGCUCCUGUAAUCCCAGAUAUUUGGUUGUGCCUGAAUAAUUAGAGAAGGACUCGAGGCAUCUCAGUGUAAAGUUUAAGAGAAAAAAAAAAAA